CCCGUGCGCCGCGCCCCCACCCCGGGGGCGGGGGCAUGGGCCAGCGCCGCGUCCGCCGCCGCCCAUCGCAGGCGCCCGAGCCCCGGGGCGCGGCGGGCAGCGGCCGCUGACGCGGGGCGCCGGCUGCCAACUUCGCGCGCGGAGCUCCCCGGCGGCGCAGUCCCGGCGGCGCGGGCGGCAUGAAGACGAACCGCCGCGGCCGAGCGCUCCUGGCCGUGGCCCUGAACCUGCUGGCGCUGCUCUUCGCCACCACCGCCUUCCUCACCACUCACUGGUGCCAGGGCACGCAGCGGGUGCCCAAGCCGGUCUGCGGCCAGGGCGGGAGCGCCAACUGCCCCAACUCGGGCGCCAACGCCACGGCCAACGGCACCGCCGCCCCCGCCGCCGCCGCCGCCGCCGCCGCCGCCGCCGCCGCCGCAGGGAACGGCCCCCCUGGCGUCGAGCUCUACAGCUGGGAGACAGGCGACGACCGAUUCCUCUUCAGGAAUUUCCACACCGGCAUCUGGUACUCGUGCGAGGAGGAGCUCGGCGGGCUCGGUGAGAAAUGCCGCAGCUUCAUUGACCUGGCCCCAGCGUCAGAGAAAGGGGUCCUGUGGCUGUCGGUCGUCUCCGAGGUGCUCUACAUCCUCCUGCUGGUGGUUGGUUUCAGCCUCAUGUGUCUCGAGCUCUUCCACUCCAGCAAUGUCAUCGACGGGCUCAAGCUCAAUGCCUUUGCGGCGGUCUUCACGGUGCUCUCAGGCCUCCUGGGAAUGGUAGCCCACAUGAUGUACACGCAGGUGUUCCAGGUCACCGUGAGCCUCGGCCCUGAAGACUGGAGGCCCCAUUCCUGGGACUACGGGUGGUCCUUCUGCCUGGCGUGGGGCUCCUUUACCUGCUGCAUGGCAGCCUCUGUCACCACGCUCAACUCCUACACCAAGACGGUCAUUGAGUUCCGGCACAAGCGCAAGGUCUUUGAGCAGGGCUACCGGGAGGAGCCGACCUUCAUAGACCCUGAGGCCAUCAAGUACUUCCGGGAGAGGAUGGAGAAGGGGGAUGGGCACGAGGAGGACUUUCGCUUGGAUUGCCGCCACGAGAGAUACACUGCCCGAUACCAGCCACACAUGGGAGAUUCCUGGCCCCGGAGCUCUGCACAGGAGGUGCCAGAGCUGAACCGCCAGUGCUGGGUCCUGGGGCAUUGGGUGUGACAGCGACCAGCCUGGCUCCAGACCUCGGGCCGUCAUCGGCACCAGCCCCCUGCUGCAAGACCACUGGUCUGGCGCCUUUGGAAACCUGGCCUGUGUGGGACACAUGUGGCCUGCCCUGCCCGCCGCUGCCUGGGUCUCAGGGUCCUGGAAACAGGGCCAGGGCAGCCAGAGGGACUGCACAGGGCUGCACAGCGUGACUCUGGGACAGCAACUCCUAACUCUCGCCACCGCCACAUGCAGAGCCCUGCUGGGUGCAGCUGGGAUGCCGGGAGAGACACAGACCUCGGCCACCGAAAACCUGGGACCCGCGAGCCAGCCGGGAAGUUCAGGAGGUCCCCAGCGUGCGGAGCCCUGCGGGGGGCAGGGAAUGGGCGGGGCUUCCUGAAGGAGGGGCAGUGGCACUGGCACCAGGGGCAUCACACAGCAGGCACACAGCAAGGGCUCAAUAAAUGCUUGUUGAAUCU